CUGGGCCAUGGCGCACCGCUACCUGCUGCUGGCUCGGGGGAGCUGCAGGCGCCGGGGGCUCCCUGGGGUCUUACUGCAACAGCUGUUCUGCGGGAGGGGCCUGCUAGGGGCAAGGCCUUGUCUGACACAGCUCCGUGAAGAAGUUAGCACUGGAGUUACUACUGACAGAAGUACUGUCCUGGCGAGUGUAAUUGCGGCUUGUAGAAGGCUUUUCUCUCAGCCUCCCAAAGGAUUUGAGAAAUAUUUUCCCAAUGGGAAGAAAGCUAAUGGAACUAAAGGUACAGCUGGAGAAACAAAAGAAGCAAAGGAAGCUAGUGCUCGACAGCCUAGUGGAACUAGCAGUGGAGGAGGUGGCAGUGGUGGAAAAAAAGGUGGCAAGAAAGAAGACACUAACUGGUGGACCAGAUUACAGAAGGGUGACAUUCCAUGGGAUGUCAGGGAGUUUCGGAUGUAUGUAGUGGGAAGUUCUUUUUUCUGGACGAUGGUUGUAUAUUACUUCUUCUUCAGGGUGCCUGGGAGAGAAAUCACCUGGAAAGACUUUGUCAAUAACUACCUUUCAAAAGGAGUGGUGGACAGACUCGAAGUGGUGAACAAGCGCUUUGUGAGAGUGAUCUUUGUUUCUGGGCAGUCUCCUCAUGAAUGGCAGUACGUCUGGUUUAAUAUUGGUAGUGUGGACACCUUUGAACGGAAUCUUGAAACUGUGCAGCAAGAUCUGGGCAUAGAAGUGGAGAACAGAUUGCCUGUCGUCUACUCAACAGAGAGUGAUGGAUCAUUUCUACUGAGCUUGCUGCCUACAAUCCUGAUUAUUGGCUCCUUACUGUACACAUUAAGAAGAGGUCCUGCAGGCCUAGGGCGAGCAGGGCGUGGAAUGGGUGGACUCUUCAGUGUGGGUGAAACCACAGCCAAAGUCCUUAAGGAUGAAAUUGAUGUUAAAUUCAAAGAUGUAGCUGGCUGUGAGGAGGCCAAAUUAGAGAUAAUGGAGUUUGUUAACUUUCUGAAAAAUCCCAAACAAUAUGAAGAUCUGGGAGCAAAAAUUCCAAAGGGGGCAAUUCUGACAGGCCCUCCAGGUACUGGGAAAACACUUCUAGCAAAAGCUACAGCUGGAGAAGCCAAUGUGCCAUUCAUCACAGUCAAUGGCUCAGAGUUCUUGGAGAUGUUUGUUGGUGUGGGUCCAGCUCGAGUCAGAGACUUGUUUGCUCUUGCUCGUAAAAAUGCCCCAUGCAUUCUCUUCAUUGAUGAAAUAGAUGCAGUAGGAAGGAAAAGAGGAAGGGGCAACUUCGGAGGACAAAGUGAACAAGAGAACACACUUAACCAGCUUCUAGUAGAAAUGGAUGGGUUUAACACAACCACAAAUGUAGUCAUUUUGGCAGGCACUAACAGGCCAGAUAUUUUAGACCCUGCUCUGAUGAGGCCAGGACGCUUUGACAGACAGAUUUACAUUGGGCCCCCAGAUAUAAAAGGAAGAGCAUCUAUUUUCAAAGUUCACCUUAGACCUCUGAAGUUAGACACUGUCUUAAAUAAAGAUGACCUGGCAAGAAAACUUGCAUCACUAACACCUGGUUUCUCUGGUGCUGAUAUUGCUAAUGUCUGUAAUGAAGCUGCUUUAAUUGCUGCAAGGCAUCUCUCAGAUGCUAUCAACCAAAAGCAUUUUGAGCAAGCCAUUGAAAGAGUUAUUGGAGGUUUGGAAAAGAAGACUCAAGUACUGCAACCAGAGGAGAAAAAGACAGUAGCAUAUCAUGAGGCAGGACAUGCAGUUGCAGGAUGGUUUUUGGAACAUGCUGACCCACUCUUAAAGGUAUCUAUUAUCCCACGUGGUAAAGGCCUGGGUUACGCUCAGUAUUUACCCAAAGAACAAUACCUUUAUACCAAAGAGCAGCUACUGGACAGGAUGUGCAUGACUCUGGGAGGACGUGUGUCUGAGCAAAUCUUCUUUGGAAGAAUUACAACUGGUGCCCAAGAUGACUUGAAGAAGGUGACCCAGAGUGCAUAUGCUCAGAUUGUUCAGUUUGGCAUGAAUGAAAAAGUAGGGCAGAUUUCCUUUGACCUCCCUCGCCAAGGAGACAUGGUGCUGGAGAAACCUUACAGUGAGGAAACUGCCAGAUUGAUAGAUGAAGAAGUUCGGUCACUAAUUAAUAUUGCCUAUGACAGGACAUUAAAGCUCCUAACAGAGAAGAAAGCAGAAGUGGAGAAGGUUGCCCUACGACUCCUGGAGAAGGAAGUUCUUGAUAAAAGUGACAUGCUAGACUUGCUUGGCCCAAGGCCAUUUGCAGAGAAGUCUACUUAUGAAGAGUUUGUGGAAGGCACAGGAAGCUUGGAUGAGGAUACUUCACUACCAGAAGGCCUUAAAGACUGGAACAAAGAGCGUGAAAAGGAGAAAGAGGAGACAACAGAUGAACAGGCUGCUAGGCAGAUCACAGGAGGGAAGCCUUUUUAACUGCAAAGUGUGUGGUGACAGUGACUUGUGCUCCAGAAGAGAUGCAAACUUGCUAGUUUGUACUGCAAAAUAUUUAUUCAACCAAACUGUAUUAGAGAUGAGUGGAAGAGUGAUCUCUUGUGACGAGGUAAGGAUAAUCUGCUCAUCAGUUCACUGGUAAAAGAUGAUCAUCUUUCAUUUGUCAGAUGGAGAUACUUACAUUGGAUUGGAGCUGCAGUUGAAUGCCAGAACUGAGCCUCUCUAAUUCUGAAACAGUUCAGAUUCAUGCACAAACCUUGUGGCACUGGUCUCUCUUUUUUUAAAAUGUAUGUAAGCUUACAAAAAUUAAAGGGGUUUUUGAUUAUUAAUCUAAAGUAUGCCUACAUGUGA